AUGCUCCUCUCCAUUCUCACCUUCGUCCUUGCCGGACAGGCAGCCGCGGAGAGGCCUCCAAAGCCCAUCGUGCUAUCGAGCUCAGGUGGUUUUCAAAUCGGCGGCACAAUAAUCCACAGUCCUUUCCAACCGAAUAUCACGCUUUCCUGCGACCAUGGCUACAUGGAAUACUUCCUCCCCUACCGACCACGCAAGACCUCUUUAGUAAUGUGGCAUUCCUCCUCCACCCAAGUCUGGCAAAACCGCUGGGACGGCGGCCCCGGCUUCAAAGACCUCUUCCUCCGCCGCAACUACCCCGUCUACCUCUGGGACGGCCCUCGCGUCGGCCGCGCAAACUGGGCCUGCGAGCCUACCAUCUACAUCCCCUCUUACAUGGACACCGCGAACUUCGCCGCCUGGAACUUCGGGCCCAGAUACAAGCAAUGGUGGCCGGACGUGCAGUUCCCAACUGCGAGUGAGGACGCGUGGCAGCAAGCUACCUCCGCGCGGUACGUCGAGUACGACACUAAAGCAAAUGUGGGAUUACACGCGCGCGCCGCGGCUGUAGCUGCGGACUCUGGUCGCGUGGGGAAGGAUAUCGUAUACCUUACUAAUUCCGCGGGCGGGCUGCGCGCACAGCUAACUGCUACACUGUCUAACACAACGAAUAUCAAAGGCAUCGUAACCUACGAGUCUAUAGGGUACGUCUUCCCCGAUAACAUCAACGUCACCGCGGGCAAGGGAGGGUUUGGACCGUACGUCGUGCCGGUGGAGCAGUUUAAGAAGUUGGCGAGAUUAUUGGCUGUUCAGUUCGUUUGGGGGGAUCACAGGGCGGAGAAUAUGAGUAGUGUGGUGGAGAGUAGGCUGGUGGCGAAGUUGAUUAAUCAGUAUGGGGGGAAUGCGAAGGUGCUCAAGCUGGGGAAUGCGGGAUUGAAGGGGAGUACGCAUAUUCCGUUUGCGGAUUUGGAUAAUGAGGAGGUGGCGGGGUUGCUUGAGGAGUUUCUUGGGGAAAAUGGAUUGGAUGGGUAUGUGGAUGAGGGGGAUGAUGAUGGAGAGGAUUAUGAAGACGAAGACGAGAAUGAGGAACAGUGA